GGAAGCGUAGCCACAUACACAGCUGCACUAGUCAAAUCGCAACCGUUCGACCUGAACGCCCGACCCAGGACUUAGCAUUCACCUAUUAGACACCAUGUUUUGGAGACUUUUCUUCGUGACAUUAUUACUAGCCCUCUUGGGACCGAUGACCGGCCAGGAAUCGGCGGAGGAUGGGUGUGCGUCACUGAAGAUUUGUGAAGAAUGCACAAAUUUGACUAACUGCUAUUGGAUGACUUGCAAAGACAAUGAACCCCAGUGUUUUAAUUCCACCAGUGGAGACGCCAGUGCUAACUGCACCAAUACUACAUGUGCAGUGGCAACAGUGGCCCCAACAGUGAUCUCCACCACCAUCAACUCUACCAUCAACUCUACCACCAACGGCACUGUUGCUCCUAAUGGUACAAGACUCAUUCAUACACUACUCAGAAACACUCUAGAACUAAGAAAGAAUGACAUGAAGGAAAGACCAAUGCCAGCUACCCUCAGUAACAAUGAACACUUCGUCAUCUACAUGUCCAAGCUGUCGUAA